AUGGAGAAUUUUCAUUUAUUCGCCAGUACUUGCGAGAGCUUGGCCAGGGAGUUGACUAACGGCGGAAACGAGACUAUGAAGAGACAAAUAAAACGGAACAAGGAGGUUGCCAAACAGUGCGAAACUGUGCCCAAACUUCAGAACACUCUAAAUCAAGACAGAAGGAUGCUUGUAAAUUUAUGGAGAAACUAUUUUGCCGCAUACAGAGCCAAAGUUAAGGCAGAAGAGGUAUGUAAUAAGGCUAAGCAGGAUUUGUCUCCGGCGUGCAAUGAAGUCGUUAAAUACGACACUAUUGCCAAGAAUAAGUCCACCACCUUUCGACAUAUGAAGAAGGUCUACGCCCAGGAGCUGAAGCAGUUCACCACCCAGCAACGUCAGUAUUUCACACAUGGUCUAAAAGAAGUGCUCUGUGAGUUCGAGUUGAAUGAUUGGGCUCAAGUCAGUGCCAUACGUCAACUUCUUCAGUGUACCAGUGAUGCAGACUCUGAGUGUUUGGAUAAGAUGAAAAGUCUGACAGAGGCAGCACGUAUCCUCAUCGACGAAAUAAACCCGGGUAGAGACAGUUCACAUGUUGUGGAGAGCUUCUCCUCGCAGAGUCUACAUCCACUCGACCUGCCCUUUCUUGAUCUUGACAAGUGCCCAUCUGCCCUGUUGGAAGGCAACUCGAGUAGCCUGGCCUGCUAUCUUCUGGCCAAAAAUGCAAAUCUGUCUUCUAUCAAAACCAGCCGUGUCAGUGAGACUUUGGAAGUUGGUGUUGGCAACAAUGUUGUAAUAGGUGGCGUAUGUAAAGAUGACAAGUCCCUCUUGAAGUCCGCCUUCAUUUGUGGCAUUGGUAUACGACCAUUACACAUAAACGAGAUGUCCUCCUCACAGUUGUCAGAUCGUAUCAAUGUACUGAUCAAGCUGCAACAACAGCUAGAAGCUGAGUUGUCAUUGAGAGGAAAUCUGCAAAAUUGCCUUCAGACCAACUCGAAAAGCAGACAGAAAGAUGGCCUCGAUCCUAAAGUUGGAUGUCUAAUAAGAGCUAUCUUUUCGAUCAACAAUCAGAUCACGAGGUUAGUCCAGCGAUUUAAUGAGAUCUCCAAGCAACACAAAUUCACCGACUGGUCUUCCAACGAAAAUGCCGAUCGGCUAAAUCAAGAUGCCAUCGACUCUGUGGAGGAUAGUCCCUACAUCUGGAGUGACAGUGCUUUCUCACCGAGUUCUCAGGAAAGCUUUGGCACCAGUUGA